UUUAUAAUUGUUUAUAUUUCUACAGCGAUAAAUUAAUCUGGUGAUUUAUGGUCAGUGUUUAACUCAAUCACCCUGUCCGUGCAAGAAAUAAGAGAAUUACAGCUAACUAGGCUCAUUCAAAUACUCACCUAAAAUUACGAUCAAUAAUCAUUUCAAUCUGAAUAUAAUCAUUAUUGUCAUUAUAGUCAUAUUUAAUUAUGCGUCUAUUACAGCAUCUUUGAUUAUUACUUCAUUUGCAACUGUAAAUUCCGACAGUCAUGGAAGGUCUCAUGUUCUCUCAGACGCACACCGCUGCUCUGCGCUCUGAUUGGACGCUGGAGGCGGUGGGCGGGUCCGCCGGUGGACAAUAGGCAGCGGUCCGGUGAGACUGAGCGGCGGUCAGACGGUGACUUUCCUCUUUGGUGCAGACAGCCGGGUCCCCGCUAAGAUCUGAGCUCCACCGCUUCAUUCCGAAACAAAGCUGCCGGAGGACGAGCGGCGUUUCCCCGUCAGCAGAGCAGAGCCGCUGCCUGGAUGGACUGACGGCUGCGGCACAGAGAGCAAGAAACAUCCGUCUCCAGACCAGUGCACCGGCCCGUCCUGCCCCAUCCCUCCACCACAAUGAACUCAUCACCGCACAACUCCCGCGCCCCCAUCGACAUCCUGGAGGAGCUUCAGCUGAUUGCUGCACAGAAUCUGGAAAGACUGGACAUCAACAAAUACUACGAGGUGGUCCGUGAGCUAGGCAAGGGCACCUAUGGGAAAGUGGACCUGGUCAUCCACAAAAUCAGAGGCACAAAAAUGGCUCUGAAGUUUCUGAGGAAGAAAACCACCAAGCUGAAGAGCUUCCUGAGGGAGUACAGCAUCUCCCUCUACCUAUCUCCUUGCCCUUUCAUCAUCAACAUGUACGGCAUUGCCUUUGAAACAGACGAGUUCUACAUCUUUGCUCAGGAGUACGCUCUGGCAGGAGAUCUUUUUGACAUCAUCCCUCCACAGGUGGGACUCCCUGAGGCAGUGGCGAAGCGCUGUGUCCACCAGGUGGCCAUCGCCUUGGACUACCUGCACUGUAAGAAGCUGGUCCACAGGGACAUCAAACCCGAGAACGUCCUCAUUUUUGACACAGAGUGUAGAAAGGUCAAGCUGUCAGACUUUGGCAUGACACGGCGUGCUGGCUCCCCUGUGAAGCGUGUGAGCGGCACGAUCCCGUAUACGGCGCCUGAGCUAUGCGACACCUCUCGUCAUGAGGGCUUCUGCGUCGACUACAGCACAGAUGUGUGGGCAUUUGGCGUGCUGCUGUUCUGCAUGCUAACAGGAAACUUCCCCUGGGAGAAGGCCAUGCCCAGCGACUCCUUCUACGAGGAGUUUGUCCGUUGGCAGCGACGUCGGACAGGAACGGUGCCGUCGCAGUGGCGCCGCUUCACCGAUGAAGCCCUGCGGAUGUUUCGCAGGCUCCUCUCCAUCGAGCAAGAGCGCCGCUGCUCUGUCAAAGAAGUUUUCAGCUACUUCAACCAGUGCUGGAUGUUGGACACGGAGAACGGGAAUGUCAGCGGGACAUUAGCAGGUGCCGCGCCUCACCUGGACAUCAGCUCAUCCUCGUCCGAAGAGGAUGUGUUAGUGGACAGGCUGAAGCAGCAGAGCCUGUCACCUGCCUGUGUGGCGGCAAAGGGGGGGAUAAUGAUGGACACCCACUACUCCUCCAUGUCCACCAACAGCUCGCCAUCCUCCACUGGCAGCUACGAUCGAGUCAACAGGGACAACGAACGUGGACGCAUCCUGGUGACCACACCCAUCGAGAUCUGUGUGUAGAGACGUCAAGAUGACGCUUUCAGGCGACCUGCACACAUGUGUGCGCUAACAAGGAAGAUUUCUCCAAGUGUGAAAAAGGGGAGAAAAGUGAGGAAGCGUGAAGGGACGGUGCGAUGCAUCAGGAAGUGAAUGUUUGUUGUAGCUUCACUGCAGAUUUCCCCGUUUUCCAAUGAAGAAUUAAUCUGAGGAAAUAACCCGUGUGGAAAAUCACACGCCGUGGUGUCUCAUCUGUGGUUUAUGAUUCAGAACAUGAACUCAAUGGAAAGAAGAAAAGCAGAAACAGGAACAAAUAUGAACAGAAACAACAUAAUCCACAAGCAAUAUGUUAAAAAAGAAGAAAAUAUCUGCAGAAAACAACGUGAUCGGCUUUGUGCAUAAAAGCGACCGUGACUUGUGUGUUUGUCGUUGUGAACCAUUUUCAUGUUUUUUUUUUUUGUAAAGUGUGUUCUUUUUUUUUUAGUUAUUUAUUUAUGUCAGAUUAAUAUAUUCAGUAAUUGUUUUAUCAAAGAUCUAAAACCUGUUUAUUAUCUUCUCUAAAAGAAGUAAAAACAAUUAGUUGGAAUAAAUUAGUUACGUAGAAAUUGUAGAAGCAGUUGUUGAGCUUUUUUUUUCGUCAUGAUCAUGUUGUUGUGAUCCCAUUAAAGUAGAUGUUUUUCCCUCUUUCAUGUGUUUUUAUGACGGCUAAACUUGCUGUACAGUAGCAGUCGAGUCUCAAGCUGAUCCUAAACUGCAGUGUACUGGGACGGUUAUUAAACAUUAAACCUCAAGGUGAAGAAAAUUCCCACUUUGUGACCAUGUUUAAUCAUCUAUUUGAUUUCUCAACUUAAAAGAAAAAUCAUGUGGAAAAUUUGGAAAUAUUUCUUUUCUCUGCUUGAAUAAGAAAGAAAAUUGAAGUUGUAUUAUUAGGAGUUAAAAUUAUUUUUAGUUUCCUUGAAAAGAAAAAUCUUUAAACAUUGAGAGCAGCAGAAUUAAGCUUUGAGGACCGCUUUUUUUUUUU